CCGGUCGUUCCUCGUUUCAAGAGGAUCUCCUCGUCGACUUCUCGUCCUAUCACCCGCUCUUGUCGAACCCGACGGUCGGGAAUACGCUGACGAGACCCAUCCGUUUCGAGGUCCUAUCGCGACAGACUCGACGUCGCGACCACACGUCCCCAACAAACGGUCGUAGGAAAAUCGUCGUGGGGCUCCCCCAAGGGUUACGCAGGUCGUCCCUUAUCCUUCGUUUGAAAUAUCUACCAGUGUCUGGAGCCGGUGUCCAGUCACGACCCAUACAAAAACCACCCCCUAUUGUAUCGCCUUCCGCCUUCCUCCUCCCAACACACCAUGAAGACCUUCACGAUGCGAUCGGCUAUCGCCGCCUCCGUCCUGUUGCUGUCCGUCUCGCUCCCGGCAGUCACCGCUGAGGCUUCCGAGUAUAAAGGCUGCUUCACCAAAUCCACCGGGUUAGACGACGAAGGGCCCUACACAUAUCAGAGUGACGGGUAUUGCCAAGAAAAAUGUCUCAAAAAGGAUGCCGCCGUCUUCGCCUUGUGGAAAGGUUCCAACUGUAUGUGCGGUGAUGAAAUGCCCGAGAAAUCCUCCAAAGGGGACGAAGACAAGUGUAAUACCAAGUGCUCUGGCUGGCCCGAUAAGAUGUGCGGUGGAAAGGAUGCCUACUCGGUGUACUUGACUGGAGCCAAGAAGAAUGUCGAUUACCACGGUUCCAAGUCCUCGACCAGCAGUUCGUCCUCCACCACGGACUCGGACUCCACCGCGACCGGUGGACAGACAGUCAUCGAGACCUCGGAGGCCGAACCGACGGAGGAAGCCGACAAGGAUGACGGUCCCAACACCGCAGCCAUCGCCGCCGGUGUGGUCGUCGGUGUGGUCGGUUUCUUUGCCCUAAUUGGGGCCGGCUUCUUCCUCUGGCGGUUCCGUAAUCGAAAGAACAACCAAGCCCAGUUCGAUCGCGGGACCGGUGUCGACCAGUACGGCCAGCACAUGUCGCAGAAUUCCAUGUCCGACUCGCGGUUCGACGGCGACUUUAUGGCCCAGCGACGCCAGAGCAAUGGCAGCAUCGACGACGAUCAGGACUUCUCGCGGCGGAUUUUGCAGGUAACGAACGGUGAUGCGGAUCAGACUCGGUACUAUGGGCGCUGACCGGUGUCUGCAGGUGAGAAACCCCGAUGGAUCGGUGAUGCAUUAAUGGAGUUUUUAAGUGGCGUUUCGGCUACCCACAGCCCGUGGCAUGUCGGAUCCCUUAGCCCCUGCAUCGCAUUGUGCCCAUGCCGUUCCAUUUUACGACCUGUCAUUUCACCUUUUUGUUACCAUCGUGCAUUUACUUUAUUUAUUUGGUUUCUGCCGUACGCGGCCGCCGCAUGGUUCUAAUCGUGCGGUUGUAUUAUCUGCCCUCAGCGUUGCCUGUCUCUGCCUUGCAUCACACCGGUAUCCUUCUACUAUACUGUCGUUUUUUGA